GUUUCCUUCAUUGCAUGUUUGUUUGUUUCCUUGCUUGCUCGUUUGUUUGAUUUGUUGCCCUGCUGCUGCUGCUGCACCACCGUCUCGCCCAGCUUGCUCCUCCCCUUCAUUCCUUUUUUCUCAUCUGCAUUCAUUCUUUUCCUCCCUUUCUGUGUCCGAUUCUACCACUGCUUGCACUGCACUCUUGAUACCUUUUUUGGGUAUUUUAUUUUAUUUUAUUUUAUUUAUCGCGUUUUGGGUUGGUGGUUUAUUGUGAGAGUUGUUGGUGCAUUUUGUUUGGUUUCAGUUUCGGAGUGGUGGGAGUGGGCGGGGAUUGAUUGGGGUGAGGCAGUGAGUGAGCGAGCGAGCGUGAGGUCUCGCCGGGGAUCGGUUUCGAGGGGGGGUAGGAGUGGCAUGUGCGUCUUCUGCAGUGUGGAGUUUUUCUUAAGAAAAAAAAAUAAAAAUAAAAAUCCGGUGGUGUGGGAGUCGUGUGUUGGAUUGUUGAUCGUGAGGGCUUGAGGGUUUAAAUUUUUCUCCGUUUUUUUUUUUUUUUUUUUUUUUUUUCUAUACCGUCAUCGUCGUUGCCGUCAUCGUCCUCGACAACUAUUGCUGUUUCUGCGACUUUGCGCUGAAACAGUUUGAACUAUCAGGUCGUGGGCUUUAAGAAUUGGAAAGGUUCUUGGGAGUGUCGCUGGAGGUGUGUAGGGUUUGUCAUUGGGUGUGAGCGGGAAGCCCUGGAGAGGAGUGAGGAAUUUUGGGGCAGGUGUGGUCCAGCGGCGGUGACUUGUGACAUUACCGGGGGUUUAUUGUGUUUCAGAGUGGAUUGUGGCGUUUGAUGCUCUGUUGUGUGCCUUCGACUAAGUUUUCGAGCUGGUGUGAGCGUGGCAUUCGGGGGGCGCCGUGCCAGGACCGCAUUUUCGGUGUUGGAUCGGUGAUCGGUGUCGACGCUCCCCUUUUUAGUCGUUGCUCAGGGGCUUUGUGUUUCGACAUUCAAGUCCCACGACCCGAGUUGGGAUUUUCGGGAACAGGUGUGAGUUGAGCUUACGGGAAGCCCACUAUCCGAUGGUUUCUCAGACAGAUGUGACGUCUAGGUUCAAUAAGUUCGCGGAUCAGGAUCCUCCCGAGGGAAGUUCGCAGGGUAUGGGUCAGGGGAACACCGCAUACUGUCAAAAUUCUCCACUUUACGUCGAUGGCAAAGACGGGGCAGCGGCUACUUUAGUCACGCUGGCUCAGGAAGCCAAGUUAGCCACUGAAGAAGUAAAGGUUCCUUCCAGCAAUGCAAUUCUGUCCAUCUGUAAAUCUCUCAUCGCCGGAGGUGUGGCUGGUGGAGUAUCUCGCACUGCUGUUGCUCCAUUGGAGCGUAUGAAGAUUCUUCUACAAGUGCAAAAUCCAUUUAAUCCAAAGUACAGCGGCACUAUCCAGGGGUUGAAGUCCAUUUGGGGGAGCGAAGGGAUACGUGGAUUUUUCAAGGGCAAUGGCACUAAUUGUGCCCGGAUCAUUCCCAAUUCUGCUGUGAAGUUUUUCGCUUAUGAAGAAGCGUCCAAAUCAAUUUUGUGGGCUUAUCGAAAGGAGUCAGGCCAACCCGAUGCUGAGCUAACUCCGGUUCUCCGUUUGGGAGCUGGAGCAUGUGCUGGUAUUAUUGCAAUGUCAGCUACAUAUCCCAUGGAUAUGGUGCGAGGACGGUUGACAGUGCAGACUCAGGAUUCGCCAUAUCGUUAUAAAGGCAUGUACCAUGCUUUCCGGACCAUUAUUCAGGAAGAGGGUGCAAGAGCUUUAUACAAAGGAUGGCUGCCAUCUGUUAUUGGAGUGGUUCCAUACGUUGGGCUCAAUUUCGCAGUCUACGAAUCUCUUAAGGACUGGAUCCUGAAGCACCCUCAUUGGCAACCAGAUGAUGGAGCUGAUUUGGCUGUUCUUACCAAGCUAGGCUGUGGAGCUGCAGCUGGCACCGUUGGUCAGACAGUUGCCUACCCACUCGACGUAAUUCGCCGACGCUUGCAAAUGGUUGGUUGGAAGUCUGCCUCACCGAUUGUCACAGCCGACGGGCAAGUGAAGCAACCAAUGCAGUACACAGGCAUGGUAGAUGCUUUUAGAAAAACUGUGAAAUACGAAGGUGUUGGAGCUCUUUACAAGGGGCUAGUGCCAAAUUCUGUCAAGGUUGUGCCAUCCAUUGCGCUGGCAUUUGUGACAUACGAGUUGAUGAAGGAUCUUAUGGGCGUAGAGAUGCGGAUUUCAGAUUAAGCCAAUUUUGCUACUAUGGCACAAGAGAUUGUACUGCCUAGAGGCCAGCCCAUUGUCAUUAGGACUUGCAGGAUAGUGUCAGGAGGACGAGUUUUACUGGGGAUGUAUUUAUUGCAGCACAGGUCUUCCAAUCCUUCUUUCUUUAGAAGUUUGUCAAGUACUGGAGUAUUGUGAUGUAUUUUCUGCAGCAAAUUCAUAACUUUUCAGCAAUGAACUGAAUAGCCAAAUAUGUCGAAUUACACAUGGGCUGUCAGUAGCCUGCUGGCAUUCUUGGAGGAUUCUUGAGAUUUCUUCACAAAAGCUGUCUCGUAGAUAAUGUUGGAUUUUAUUGCUUGAGAUUGGAGAUUUCGGUGAACAUGUUGGUAGAAUGUUUUUAGCUCUUGAUUGUUUAUGGUCUGAGACCUUAUGUUGACAUAAGGUUUCACCAAAGGUUGUAAACUGACUACCAACAAGUCUUAAUUCCAAUUCAUGUUAUUUGGUCA